AUGUCCGAGUCAGGCAUGCAUGCAAUCACAAACGGGAAGUUGGACAAGGUGUCUGACGGACUGCCGAACGGAGUCGAGAGCAAUGACUCGGGGCCCGUGCAAUUCGAGAGCGUGGAUUUUGGUCUGUUUAACGAGAAGAUCCAUCUCCAGGUGCACAAUCUGAAUGGAGGUAUGUCUGCUGUCAAGAGUGCGGUUGAAAAGAUCACCGAAACAUUCAACCAAUAUGGAGAAAUGGUCAAGACCGUCGAUGAACGGUACAGCGCAGGCCAAGACCUUGAAGCACAGGUACAGGAGCUAGAGGAUCGAAAUGACUGGCUCGAAAGAAAAAUGGGGAAAAUGAAGCAGUCUCACCAAGUGCAGCUAAGGAAUGAACGAAUACAACUUGAGAAAGAGAUCUCUGGGCUGAAAUCACAGGCAGCAUCGGGCCAGCAAGAGAAGCAAAAGUACGAGGAACUGAUCAAAGCCCUGAGGAAGGAGCAUGAAAGAGCCAUACAGGAAGUACAGAAAGGUCUUGAUCUGAAGAAAACUCAGCUGGAGAAGGAUAACGAGGAACACAUUGCCAAGCUAGAGGCCAAAAACAAGGAACUCGAGAAGACGCAGACAACGACCGAACGAAAGCUCGAGGAGAUGACUAAGAUGCGCGACCGGGAACGGGAAACUCGCGAAACGAUGCAGAGCAAAGCCGACGCAGAAAUACAGAAUCUCAAAUAUGAGCUCGCCAGCGUCAAGGCGAAGUACGAAGUGCAGAGAUUACCCGUGGAACACUAUGCGGAACGAUACAAAGAGCUGGUUGACUCGGUGGCUUCAAUUGCCGACGAAUACUUCUCGGAGCUACCAGAAGAAGCAAUAGAUGAUCCGGCUGGUACAUAUAAACAACUGAAGAAUAAACGGAGCGCUUUCGACACGGUGCCAAUUACCCAGUCGGAAUGUGCGCGGGUUCUUCGACUUGCCCAUGUGCAGAACAUCAUUUUCAACGUCAUUGGUGAGACUGUGUGGCCGCUGUUCUUCUCUCGGUAUCUCUUGAAAAACAGAAAGGACAGAUCCCUCAUCAACGAUAUAUACUCACAACUGGCUACCGACGGCGAAGAGAUCCAGAAUGACUGGAAAAUUUCCACACUGAAGGUUUUGGAUCGGCUUGACAAUGGAGUGGACGUUGGAGAAAAGAUCCGAGAUGCGAUUGACGUACGUGUCGUCCAGGUUCUUGAACCGUUGUUGGGCGAAAAGAACAAGGCCGAUUUUGGGACCGAGUUGAAGAAGGUGUUCACUGUGGCAAUGGAGCUCAGUCAAGAAUGGCGGCGCGAUCGUUCGCCAGUCUAUUUCGACAUGAGUCCGUCUGCGGACAGCGGCAAGGGAUGGAAGGAAUUCAGCGUGGGGUUUGACGUCGAGGACGCGCCCAACCCGUCUCUGAUAGCCUGCAGAGAAGGCGCUUUCGACCCGCUUUGCGUAAGUCCUAGACUGUACCGCAAGCGCGAAACCGAGACUGCGACUGGUGGUUCGGAUCCAGUGGAGGACGAGCUGGUGCACCCGGGCGUGGCACUGUUUCCCAGCACCGGAAUCUUCCAAAAGGGCUGGAUUGAAUGGCAGGGGCUCAGGGAUGCAGAAAGAGAGAUGCGCAAGGCCUACACCGGCAAGGCCAGGAGAGCAAGCAUUGCUUCAACUAACACGGGCAUGGGUGUUUCGCCGCCGGGUUCCCAGCUGGUAAGGCCGUCGAAGACAUGGCAAUCUCCGACCAAGACUGAGUAUGAUUGA